AUGGCUACUCCCACGCUCAAGCUCGAUCCUCAGGCAAAGGUCGCUCCCCUCGCUCCUAUCGCCCUUGCCAAACUCGUCACUGCUGCUGACCCGGCUCAAUCGCUUACUCUCACCUUCGAGGACGGCAUCGUGCCCACCCUCAUCCUUCCCAACGCCGCUCCUGUCGAAGGCUACCUCCACAUCAUCCGGGAGCUUGCCUCCCACUACGCACACCUUGGUCUCUCUGGCACCGACAAGGACCAGAGCGCACAGGUCAACCUCUACGUCAGUCAGGGUGACAACCUCGCUCUUGCCGACUUCCAGACCGCUACCGCCAUCGCCGACAACCUUGACCAGCACCUUGCUCUCCGUACUUUCCUCGUCGGCCAUGCAGUCACCGCUGCCGACGUAGCCAUCUGGGCCGCUGUGCGUGCCAGCUCGCCCGUCAUUGGCCUCGUCAGGAAGGGCCUCCACAAGCACCUUCAGCGAUGGUUCAACCACAUCGACUCGCUUGCUCCCAUCUCGGAUGCUCUUGUUCAGCUCGCCGAUGCCAAAGCCGAAAAGUUCAAGAACAAAAAGACCGCUGCCGGCUUCGACCUCUUCCUCAAGGAUGCUCAGCAGGGUCAGGUCGUCACUCGUUUCCCUCCCGAGCCUUCCGGUUACCUCCACGUCGGCCACGCAAAGGCUGCCAUCCUCAACCAGUACUUUGCCCGCCAGUACAACGGCAAGCUUAUCAUCCGAUUCGACGACACCAACCCCAGUAAGGAGAAGGAGGAGUUUGAGCAGUCCAUCAUCGAGGAUCUCGCACUUCUCGGUAUCAAGGGUGACGCUACCAGCCACACCUCGGACUACUUCGACAAGCUCUACCAGCUUGCUAUCCAGAUGAUCCAGCUCGGUAAAGCCUACGCCGACGACACUCUCCAGGAGCAGAUGCGUGCCGAGCGUAUGGACGGCAUCCCCUCCAAGCGCCGCGAUGCCUCGAUCGAGGAGAACAUGACCCGCUUCGCCGAAAUGUCGACUGGUUCCGCUGACGGUCGCAAGUGGUGCUUGCGUGCCAAAAUCUCGUACGACGACCCCAACAAGGCCAUGCGCGACCCUGUCAUCUACCGCUGCAACCCGGACGUCUCGCACCACCGCACCGGCACCACAUGGAAGGUCUACCCGACCUACGACUUUGCCUGCCCUAUCGUCGACUCGAUCGAGGGGGUCACACACGCUCUGCGUACCAACGAGUACCGCGACCGCAACCCGCAGUACUACUGGAUGCUCGAUGCGCUCAACCUGCGCAAGGUUGACAUCUGGGAUUUCGGACGUCUCAACUUUGUCUACACGUUGCUCAGCAAGCGUAAGCUGCAAUGGUUCGUCGACAACGGUGUCGUGUCCGGUUGGGAUGACCCGCGGUUCCCUACCGUCCGAGGUAUCCGCAGGAGGGGUAUGACGAUUGAGACGAUCCAGGAGUUCAUCUUGGCUCAGGGCCCGUCGCAGCAGAUCAUCAACAUGGAGUGGGACAAUAUCUGGACCAUCAAUAAGCGCAACAUCGACCCAGUCGUGCCACGGUACACUGCGCUCGACAAGGACGGUGUUGUCAAGGUCACCGUCAAGGGCGCUCCCAAGCGUCACACCAAGGUGAUGCCGAAGCACAAGAAGAACGCCGACCUCGGCAGCAAAGUGACGGUCUUUGAUGAGGUUGUCUAUGUCGAGCAGGCCGACGCACGCUCGUUCGGCCAGGGAGAGGAAGUGACGUUCAUGGACUGGGGCAACGUCAUCAUCGACUCGAAGCAGACCGACGCCGCUGGCAACGUGUUGUCCAUCGAAGCCACAGCCCACCUCGACGGCGACUUCAAGAAGACCAAGAAGAAGGUCACCUGGCUUGCUCCCUCGGUUUCGGACGAGCACUCGCUGGUCGAGGUCAACCUGCUCGACUUUGACUACCUCAUCACCAAGAAGAAGCUCGAGGAGGAGGACAACUUUGCCGACUUUGUCACGCCCAACUCGGAGUUCCGCUCGAUCGCGCUCGCGGAUCACAAUGUCGCUUCGCUGCCCCAGGGUGCAGCGAUCCAGUUUGAACGCAAGGGGUACUACAUCCUCGACCGCACCGCAGGCAAGGACGGCAAGCCCGAGUUCAUCAGGAUCCCCGAUGGAAAGGCGGCCACCUCGGCGUCCAAGGUUGCGCCGGAUGCCGACACCGAGGCCAAGAAGGCGGCCGCCGCCAAGGCGCGUGCGGACAAGGCCGCGGCCAAAGCCAAAAAGGAACAGGAGAAGGCGGAGAAGAAGCAGAAGAAGGCGCUCGAGAAGGGCGACGGCGUCGCAUUUGUCGCCGGCAAGAUCGGCGCCGGUGUCGCCGCGGCCACCGCCGGUCUCGCCGGCGCCAUCGCUGCGCGCAAGGAGCAAAGUGCCAACACCGCCACCGCAAGCUCCUCCCACUUCCCCGAAAUCGCAGACCCGGCCAAGGGCAAGAUCAACAUGUACGACGCCCCGGUCAUCACGACCGACAUCCCCACCCCCGUCUCGACCAAAAUGUACUCGAUGAACAAGGUUCUCUAA